CUUUGAGCCGUGGCUGCAGCUUCGCGCACACAGCAAGCCCGCCUUGGAAUUCGCGCUCACCGUUGUGACCUUUGGUUGCCCGAAAAGCGCUUUAGCUGCGGUUUUUUAACUAAGGGCCCACCCGUAAACCCCCGCGGACUGGCCCUGCGUGCAGGACACCGGAGACGCCGCCGUCGCCCUCCAGACUGAAUGCUCGCCCGCCCGGACGAUGUUAGGAGGUCGCCACGAGGCUCCCGUGAAGAGGGACGGCGUCCCCACUGACGAGACGCCGUCCCCCGACUCCUUCAGCGUGGUGAUUGGGGCCACGGUGCCCACGGGCUUCGAGUACACGGCGGCGGACGAAGUCCGAGAGAAGCUGGGCGCCGAAAGCAGGAUCAGCAAGGACCGGGGGCGGAUCUACUUCGCGGUUCGGGCCGACAGCCUCCCUCAGGUUCAUCAGCUGAAGUCGGUGGACAACUUAUUUGUUGUGGUUAAGGAAUUUCCGGACUAUCACUUUAAAGACACAAAGGAGGAAACCUUAGAAGAGUUUGAGGGGCUCGCUUCCAAACUUCCUUGGCUUUUACCCCUUGAGGUGUGGAAACUGAACAACACCUUAAAGAAAAGACGGACCAGGAGGAAAGGGGUGCUGCGAGCUGCGGGUCCAGGAGAAAUUUCAAGCGAUGGUCAUAAAGGGGGGGCUAAGCCAGAGCCGCAGCCUGACACAGAGUCAGCAGACAGUGUCGUUGAGUCAGACGCCGCAUUGGAACGUGGGGCGGCCAGUGGGAAUGGGAAUGGGAAUGGAAGCGGCGCUGCUGCUAAGGAGGAGAGCCAACAUGGAGACGUGGACUCGGAAGAGGAAACUGGUGACAGCUGCGAAUCUCAAGAUGAAGGCAAGAAAUCGGAGCUUCUCAAAUUUCGUGUGACAUGCAGCCGGGCAGGCGAGAAGCACAACUUCACCUCCAACGAGGCAGCGCGCGAUUUUGGGGGAGCCGUUCAAGAUUUCUUCCUGUGGAAGCCAGACAUGACAAAGUUUGAUAUCGAGGUUUUGCUGAACAUCCACAACAAUGAGGUGGUGGUGGGGAUUUCCCUGACAGAGGAGAGUCUGCAUCGAAGAAAUAUCACCCACUUUGGGCCUACCACCCUACGGUCCACCCUGGCCUAUGGGAUGCUGAGGUUGUGUGACCCUCAGCCGUCUGAUGUUAUAAUUGACCCGAUGUGUGGCAGUGGAGCCAUACCCUUGGAGGGCUCCAUUGAAUGGCCGCAUUCCUUCUUUAUUUCUGGGGACAACAACACCUUGGCUACCAACCGGACCGUCAAUAACAUCAAUUACAUCCAUAAAAAGAGGCGGAAUAAAGGAAGCAGUCAUUGGGGUCUCCACAUCGACACCCUGCAGUGGGACAUCUGCUGUCUUCCCAUCAGGACGAGUUCUGUGGACACCAUUGUGACUGACAUGCCAUUUGGAAAAAGGAUGGGCUCUCGAAAGAAGAACUGGGACCUGUACCCGUCGUGCCUGAAGGAAAUGGGGCGCAUCUGUAGGCCGGAAACGGGAAAGGCCGUCCUGCUGACUCAAGACAAGAAAUGCUUCGCUAAGGCUGUGUCCAGAAUGGGCCACCUAUGGCGCAGGUCUCACACGGUGUGGGUGAACGUGGGGGGGCUCCACGCCGCCGUCUACCUGCUGAAGCGGACAGCGCUGGCCUUUGAGAAAGCUGAAGCCAGAGCCAACUUGAAAACGAAGAGCACCGAGGAGGGGGAGCACGGGGGGCACGAGGUGUCGGGCACUGCACCAGGGGACACUUGACCUUCAUCUGAGCGCACAGUUGUUGCUUUUUGUUUCGUUACGAUUGAAAACGGUGAUUUGAAAAAUCCUGUGCUACGUUGCUUGUGACGUUCUGCUGGGGGCGGCGUGUUGAGUGGUCACUUCUGCUGAUUUCUUUAGGUUUUUGGUGACGUUCUGAGAUUGUUGUUUUAAUGGAGGUCAGGGUCUGCUGCGGGACCUCCGAUGGACGCCGCUCCUCGCACACCCGCCUGCUGUGCUGCGCUUUGGUGGUGGCAGCCUGCUGGCCUGUCAGUCAUUUCUGAAAGUUCUGUUUAUUUCUGCAUUAGGUGGUUGGUUGGUUUGUGUUUUUCUGUCCUGUUAUUGGCUGAUUGGCCACAAAUUGGGCCAAUAAUGCGUAAUAAAAAUGGUGGUAUUGAA